AUGCCCACCUUUUUCCUUGCCACUUCUCUCUGUAUACCCACUCCUUCCUUGCGUUUCCUACACUCCCGCGCCUUCAUUCAGGUUGAUGUGUUGCUGCUUUCAACACCCGCUCCACCCUCUCCAUCCACAGUAGAGGCACCAGCAGAAUCAGCACCAUCAUCAGCAGCAGCAGCUGCAGGUGAGGCAGCAGAGGGGGGUGACGGCGUUGGCGCCGCCCCUCCUCCUGCCAGCACCUCUCCCCAGCUCCGCCUGCUGCUCUCCUUCCCCGUCUGGCAAGGCUGCCUGCAGGGCGAGGGGUGCGCAGCAGUGCAGAGCGGUAGCCAUUGCAGAGAGGGGGGUGGCGGCGAGCAGGGGGAGGGGGAGGCGGGACAGGGGGAUGGGGAGGGCAGGGAGGCAGGCGGACGAGGAGGAGAGGGGCAGCAGAGUUUGGCAGAGGGGGCGUGGGGUUUAGCGGAUCCGAGCUUGGAUGGUGCGUGCUGCUCGCUCUCCCUCCUUCCCCACCUGCCCAAUGCUGCUGCCACGCCAGGAGAUGACGCCACAGAUAGAGACACAGCCGAUCCGGGGAUGCAGGGGGAGCAAGGAGUGCAGGAAGAGCAGGCGAGGAGACAGGUGUGGUUGCUGGUAUCUGUGUCACACAAUGGGUUGGUGUGCGUGCGAGAGGUGGCGCUGGUGCCUAGGCGGGGCAGAGGGGAGCCUGAGAGUGUGGGGGAGGGAGAGAGAGGGAGUGGGAGGGGGGAGGAGUUGGAGGAAGGGGAGGAGUUGGAGGAGGGGGAGGAGGUGAGUGAGGGUGAGGAGGAGGGAGGAAGAGAGGGGGUGGGAGAAGGGCAAGAGGGGAGAGUGGAGCAAGAUGAGGGUGCAGAGUGGGAGGCGGAGCAGCGGCUGGUGCGGCGGUUUGUGGCGAUUGCACCGCGCAAGCCGUCAAAGAAGAAGAGGAAGAGACAGGGUGGUGCUGAGAGUGACGUGGGUGGCGAGUCAGGCGCAGGAGGGGGCUCAGGUGAUAUGACUGCUGCUGCUGGUGCUGGUUUUGCCAUUGGUGGUGCUGCUGCGUCUGCCAGCGGUACAGGUGGUGUGGGUGCGACAGGAGGGGGAGCAGAGAGGCCUCGUCUCCUCUGUGCUGCUGUCGACCCCACCGGAGCCACCAUUGCCGUUGGCGGGUCAGUACUCUCCCCUUCGCCCCUCGCUGUCCCCUCACGUGUUUUUGUCAUCAAUAUCGCGCACACCCGACUGUGCAACUCACUACACUGCAGGAGGGUAGCGGACCUGACAAUGUGGCACCUCUCUUGCCCCGUUUUCACCCUCCUUAUCAUCACUCCUUCUCUCCCCCUUACCCUCUUCUGUACAACAUCCAUCCUGAAGGACGCGGACCUGACAGUGUGGGACCUUCAAACGGGUUCUCUCAAAUGGGAGGCCAAGCUGCCACUCCCUAGCCCGUACGGUGUGGUGGCACCGAAGCACGUGACAGCGGUGUGCCACGUCAGCGCAUGCCACCCGACACGCCUCGUCACCGCCUGCCUGGACAACUCCCUUCGCGUCUUCGACCUGCUCUUGCAGCCGCGCCCCCUCAGAGUUGUUUCUCUGGGAUCCGUGCCGAUUCGAUCCCUUGCUGCUGUCUGGAGCAAGGGUAGGGAGGAGUGCAGUGCGGUGACGGUUGGGACGGGCAUGGGGGAGAUGAAGCUGGUCGAUCUGACACACGGUCGCAUCGCUGGAGCAUUCAAGGGGGAGUGUGCGGGCUCCAUUCGUUCCCUCGCCAUGCACCCAUCGCUACCUAUUGUAGCCUCAUGCGGCCUGGAUCGUUAUGUGCGCAUACACCACCUGCACACGCGCCGCCUCGUCGCCAAGGUGUUUCUGAAGCAGCCACUCAACUUCCUCUGCUUCCUGCCAGAAGGGGUGGCAUCUGGAACUGCCGCAUCAGGGCCUCCUAGCUUCAAGCGCAAGCUCACAGACGUGACUGUAAUGGGUGGUGACACAACAGAGGCAGAAGAGACACCAGCAGCGACGAAAAGGGUAGCUGCAACUGGAAAAUCCCAGCCCACACCAGCACAGGGCGGGAACAGCAAGGGUAUGGCUGCUGGCAGCAGUGCGGCAGGGAGAGGGUCUGGAAGGGCGGCAAGUGAGGCCGGGAGGAAGGGUGUGAGAGGUGCUGGUGGUAGCAAGCGCAGCAAGCAGGCAGCUUGA